AUGGGGCUGGCUGUGCUGAUCAUCGCGGCCUUUGUCGGCCUGGCCAAAGGCCUGGCUUCGACUGAUACCAUCACUUGGGGUGGUGACAACUCCAGAGCUGGAUACCAAACCAAUCACAACAUGGACCCCUCUGUCGUUGGGAGUCCCUCAUUUGGUCAAUUGUUCCAGACUCGACUUCCUGGCACUUACGCCGGUUCUGCCGAGCAAAUCUUUUCUCAGCCUCUCGUCUAUACGCCCAGCGGCGGGACAAAGCAGUAUGUGUAUGUGGCUACAACUCAAAAUAACGUCUACAAGCUCGACGCAAAAACUGGCAACAUUGUGGCCUCUCGAAAUCUUCACAUCCCUUUCCUGGCUGCAGACCUUGAUGGAUGUGUUGACAUCAAUCCCAACAUUGGAAUCACGGCUACGGGCGUGAUUGAUCCUGAUACAGACACUAUCUACUAUACCUCAAAGACGUAUGCCGACCAAACUGCAUUGAACAAGCCUCAAGGCCGUGAUGCUGGCCGAUACUUCGUCCACGCUUUGGACGUCAAUGAUCUCAGCGAGAGGCCCAACUUUCCGGUCCCUCUCGAUGGAAUCAUUGCCCGCAACAACGACUUACGAAUGUUCACUGGCGGCAUUCACCACCAACGAACCGCAUUGCUCCACACUGGUCAGUACAUAUAUGCUGGGUUUGCGUCACAUUGCGUCCAGUACAACUUUACCGGCUGGAUCAUGGGCUGGGACAAGACUACCGGCCAAGUGGUUGAGUACUACGCCACGGAAGGCAAAGGCGUUCCAAAUGAUAUUAAAGGCGCCGGCGUUUGGAUGUCCGGUGGAGGCAUUGCCUCCGAUGACGCGGGCUCUCUUUGGUUUCCUACUGGCAACGGAUACGCGUCUCAACUGGCCAACGUUCCUGUCAAGGGCUUCAAUCCCCCCACUUCGUUAGAAGAGGCCGCUGUCCACAUGACAAUUAACGCGAAUGGUACUCUAAAUCUGGUUGAUUUCUUCAUGCCUUGGGAGAAACAGGCGUUGGACGGUGCCGAUAAAGAUCUCGGAACGAGCCCUCUCGAGAUCCUACCCAGUGAAUUCUCUUGUGGCGAUAUAAAGCGCAUCGGUGUUGUUACUGGUAAAAGUGGCAAGACAUACUGGCUGAACCUGGAUAACUUGGGUGGUUACAGAAAUGGACCCAACAACUUGGAUGAUGCUAUUCAAGUUUAUCAGAACGACAACUCUGUCUACGCUGGUGCCGGUGUCUAUCCUCUAGAAGGCGGCUACAUCUACAUCAACGUUAUUCAGCACCCAUCCAAUAUCUUCAAGUUUUCGUGCACUGACGGCGUUCCUUCGUUUACCAAAGUUGCUACCACUCCCGAAACAAAUGCCUACAUCCUCGGCGUCAGCCAUGGAACUACAACAUCCCUCAACGGUCAGCCAGGAACUGGUCUCCUUUGGGUGACAGAUGUUCAAGGCUUAAAUCUCCGCAUCUAUGACGCCGUCCCCAAGAAUGGCCUCCUCAACAUGAUCAAUUCAUUUAACAUCCCUGGCGUCAUGAAGUUCACCCGACCUGUCUUUGGAGAUGGCAUUGUGUACGUAGGUACUAACCAGGGCCUUUUCUAUGGCUUCGGGUCACCAGUCAACGCACCUCUCAACUGUACCUCUCCCGUUGCUUUUGGUAACGUCGAUUUGAAAACAUCCAGCCCUUCUCAAUCCGUUGAAUGCACGGCUCUGAUCGAUGUUACCAUUACUGGCGUUGGGCUUGACUCUACCAAAGACUUUGGCAUAUCCGGCCUUCCCACCACACCACUUCAGUUAGCGGUAGGCGAGUCCUUUACUAUCCAAGCCAAGUUCAACCCUACCGUUGUUGGUCUCAUCUCGAAUGACAUUGUCGUUAAUACCACGAAUGGCGUUGGUGGCUACAGCACCAAUACCCACGCUCGACUGAGUGGAACUGGCCAAAGCCCUGGCCCUCUGCUGUCUGCCGCCCCAACGACGAUUACCUUCCAGGGUGUUGUCACUGGGCAAGACCCCGAUGGUGUCACGGAGACUUUGAUACUCAAUAACCUUGGAAAUGGCCCUCUGGCCAUCCAGAGCGUUCAGUAUUCAUCAACUAGUUCGGCUGGUCCUUGGCAAACAUGGAAUGGUUCGGGCGUUUUGACAGUCGGCAAGUUUACUUUCCAAAAGAUGCCUACUUCUCUUGGGCCUCAAGCAAGCGCCGCUGUCCAGAUUCAGUUCGAUGGCUCUGAAAGCGGUACAUUUUCCGGCUUCGUCACCUUUGUAUCCGAUGGCGGCAACCAGACGAUUUCCAUUGCUGGUUCUUCCGGUCCUGCUGCGGUUGCACUGCUCGAGUUCCAGACCCCUGAUGAAUCUGGUUGGACAAAAUAUGUCAAUGGCACUCCGUUUACUUUUGGAAAUGUUACCCAAAACAAUGGUCGCUCGCUCAAGUUCCGCAUUACCAACAAUGCAGCAAAAGGCGGCGUCAACCUGUCUCUUACCGUUUCAAAGCCUCCUUUUGGUGUCGCCGGUCUCAUUCGAGCUAUCAACCAGGUAGACCUUGCAGAGGGAACAUCUUUGGCUCCGGGAGAGAGUGCGAAUGCCACACUCACCUGUACCGUCCCCAAAUCCCAGUGGGAUGUCGAUCCUUAUAACGGCACUGCACAGUGGACUUUGAACACCAAUGACCCGAGCCUGGGAAAACAGUUUAUACAGUUUUUCUGCGAAGCUGUGUCAGAGCAAGCCCCCCCUCUGCUGCCCAACAGUGACCAGGGACGCUACCGAUAUAUUGGAUGCUACAAGGAGAAUAAUCCAGGUCGCCAGCUUUCCAACCAGCUUUAUGGAGAUGCUGCCAACACCAACGCCAUGUGUAUCUCUGCAUGUGCUGAAAAGAAUUAUGCCUACUGUGGCACUCAAUACCAUACAGAGUGUUGGGGAGGCAACACUAUUCCUAGUCUCAAGGUGGAUGACUCUAACUGUAACUACUACUGCGGCGGAGAUAUCAAUCAGGUGUGCGGUGGAAAUGGCGACGGCACUGCGGCAUACAUCUCCCUUUUUGCCGAUGCCCUUCAACCAGGGGAUGGCUCAACGAAUCCUCCACCACCAACCGGUGGCCCUGUGGUAAAUCCUGGUGUUGAUGGGUAUGCCAGCAUUGGAUGCUACACUGAAGCUACUGAUACGCGUGCUCUUCCUCACGGAGUGGACACAGAUAAGCGGACUGUGACUCAGUGUGUUGAUGCCUGCAAAAUUAACCAUUAUGCCUAUGCCGGUGUUGAAUAUGGAGGAGAGUGCUGGUGUGGCGAUUCCUUUGGCGAUGGCGCAGUUUCUGCUCCCAUCACGGAAUGUGCUAUGACUUGCAAUGAUAAUUCCACUGAAUAUUGCGGCGGCCCGAAUCGCCUCAACGUUUACAAACUCGACACUACUGUUAUUUCUACGACAGCUUCUACCGCUGCUGGCACAGCCACAGUCACUUCCCCGGCUGAGGGUACCACCACUUCUCCCCCAGAUGAAAGCACUACGGCAAUUCCCACUACAACGGGUGUUUCCUCCAGCAGCCCGAUACCGACAGGCCCGAUUGUCAACCCAGGACAAGAUGGCUACAGAAGCAUUGGAUGCUAUACCGAAGCGACAGACGCCCGAGCUCUGGCCAAUUUCAUCAAGACAACCGACGAAACAGUCGCGGACUGUCUAGAGGCGUGCAAGGCAGAUGGCUACACCUAUGCCGGCCUUGAGUAUGGCGGAGAAUGUUGGUGCGAUGAUUCGUUUGGAAAGGGGUCCAUUCCCGCACCCAUCGAGGAAUGUAGUAUGACUUGUAACGGCAACUCAACAGAGUUUUGUGGUGGUUCGAACCGGCUCAAUGUUUACCAGCUCAAGAACUUGGCCGGUACAACUUCUGCGCCCUCAACCACAGUGCCAAUAAGUUCAUCAACAACAGCUGUUGUGACUCCUACUGGGCCCGCAAUCAAAAAAUAUGUCAGGAACUACGCAUUCCAGGGAUGCUGGGAGGAGCCGCCUAAUGACCGAACCAUCAUUGAGCAGAUGUAUGCCAACGACUCGAUGACGCUCGAGUCUUGCGCUGAUUUCUGCAAAAGCUUUACCUACUUUGGCACUGAGUAUGGCAGAGAGUGCUACUGUGGUAAUGUCUUGAAGGAAGGCAGCCAAAAGGCAGCUAAUCAGGAUGACUGCUCGUUCCCUUGUGCUGGAAACGACAAGGAGUACUGCGGCGCUGGAUCCAGACUCGAGCUAUACAAGCUAUUGGCAAAUGCCACAACGACUUCAUUGCCAUCUAGCACCCCGACGCCGCCCAGCGAUGUCACAGAUCCCGUCAUCUUCCAUGGCAACAAGAACUUUACCUUCUAUGGAUGUUUCGCGGAGCCUUCGGCGGGUAAGCUGAUGGAUAAUCAAGUCUACAACAACGAUACGACCAUGACACCCCAGGUCUGCUUUUCUCACUGUGCACAAUACAAAUACGCUGGCGUCGAGUACGGUCAGGAGUGUUGGUGCGGCGAUAGUCUAAAUCUCGCAGGCUUGGAAGACUCUACGCCAGGCAAGAAUGUGACGAUCUCCGAGUGUAAUAUUAGAGAGAGACAACCCACUCCAGGAGGCACUGAGACGGGGGCGCACGGCGAGGAUGCGGACUACAACCUCGACGAACCGUAUGCCUCAACCAUGUUGGGAGAAAGCCCCAGCGCACAGGUCGCAGAAAGACGACAGAAAACCACGCAGAAGCCCACUGCAAACCAGGCUGAGGGCCAGACUCUGGCCGAGAUGCAAGCCAACUUCCCGCCUUUGCCAACGAGCACUGUCAAAGCAACCAAGCCCACCAUAACUACCAAAAACCACGACAAGCAAACACAGGAACAAGAACCAAAGCGCCGAGAACACCGAUCGGAACACCAAGAAGAGAUCGAAGACGAAGAAUAG